AUGCAGUGGAGCACGCACAGAAGCGAACCAAUGAGAAGGCAGCGACGUUGAGAAGCCAUGUAUUCAGCAGCUCGGAUGUUUGACGCCAUCUCGUGGUGCGCCUGAGGCAAUGGCGUCCUCUUAGGCCUCGCUGCUCCUGAGGCGAACCUGUGGGGGCUCUCCUGCCUUGACAAAGACAACCAUCUGCCUACUACCUGAGCUGAUCCAACCGGCGACAUGAGUUCCCCUGAUGAGGUGUCUGUUUCGGAGGCCACUUUCAGCCUGGAGGGCGGGGAGCGGGCCAGCGUUAGCCAGGCCGGCCCCGGAGGCCCGCGGGGCCCCGGCCUAGGCCUCGAUGUGGGGACGCCGCAGAGCUGCGAGGGUGAAGGAGCGCUGGGAGCGCUGGCAGACCCCGAGGGCUUCGAGGCUGAGCAGCAAGUGAUAGAGGAGGGAAGGACUGUGCUUUGGGGCCGGGAAGGCCGCCCCUGCACCCCGACUGACGAGAUGGGGGACGAUCUAGACUACGAGUCCCUCCUGGCUGACAAAUCGAUGGCCAUCAUGCAGCUGCUGAGCGACUGGGCUAUCCGGGGCAUCCGCAGACACCCGUACUCAGAGGGUCGCGACGCCCAAGUGUCCACCGUGUGGCCGGACCUGGGGGCAGGUCUGAGUGGUCGAGGCGCCCUGGCCGCCUCUGCCGCCCCUCCCCCCGUCAUGGCGCCCCGGAAAGUCCGGGCCCGCGGGAACCAGAAAAGAGGCGCUAAAAGUAAGCAGAGCGCGGGCGGCAGGGUUCCCCAGCGGCCCUCCGUGGUAGGCCUGGUCGAGCUGCCUUCCGACCCCGAGUCACAAAGUGAGAUCAGUGAGGUGCCGAUGAGGGUGAGCAUUUACCCCAAAGGAGGAGACCCGGGCGAGCCCAGCAGCGCCGAGGAUCCCGGGGACACACCCAGACACUCGAGUUUGCUUGUCAGGGAGGACUUCCUUCCCACGCCAGGCUCUCUCUUGACCUCUGCUUCCCGAGGACUCACUUCAGGCAAGGGAAGGCAGGCCGUUGGAGAGCUGGACAGCUCUUCCUCGAAGAAAAUGCAGAGUGUGGUGUCGGGGAAGGCAGGCAGCGGGCCCAGCUUCCCAGGAGCUGCUGCUGCUGCCACCGUGGGCAGCCUGCCCCGGGCCGUUCCUAAGAAGAAGGUGGCCCAGGAGAAGAAGUUACUAGGGGCCGCCUCAAACAUGGCCCUGGGAAGAGCAUUUCCUCCAUGGGGGCAGAGACUGUCAGCAGUUCCCCUGGAGCCAGCCACCUUCCCCCCAAUCGCUGGUGUUCCCCUGCUCGGGAGGUCCAAGAGCUACUCGUUGCUCACCUUGGCACCCAAACACUCCAAGAACAGCAGCACUGGGAAGAAAUCUGGGGCGAGGAAGGCAAAGGAUUCCCAAACUGUGUCCAGAGAUGAUAAUGACGCCAAUAGAGAUCCAGGCCCAAAGGCCCAACUUCCAACGCCCAGGCCAGGGCCACCUUGCCUGCACAUGCAUCGUGGAGGAUUCGGCAGUGACUACCCCCACAUCAGAGCCAUCCAAGUUCCUGGAAACUCACAGGCCUGGGCCUUGAGCCAGAGAGGUGUCACACCCAGAGGCCCUGCACCCUCCAGUGACCAGGAGCCACCCGUCCAUGACCCAAGACGGGAAAGGCAGCAGCAGCCACCAGGAUCACAGGGCUGUGUUCGGUGUGCUAAGCUGCAGAGAGAGAUGGAUGGCCCUUUGGUGCAACCAGCGGCCAUGAAGUGCCACGGUGACAAGUUCCAGGCCCUUUGAAGUGAGUGAGUUGAACCCAGCCUCUUCCUACAAGACAAGCAGCUGGUGCCUUUGGAGCCCAGGAUAUAUGGCCGAGCUCGUUUUCUCCAUUUCUAUUUCAGCCACUGCUUCGUCUCAUCCCCUGAUCUUGCCCUCUCCUCACACCAGUUUACAGCAAAUUAUCCAAUUAAAGUAUCUCUCAUAUUCUCA